AUGGAGAAUAAUAACAACAAUUACCAGGGCGAUUUGACCGACGUCAUCAGAGCCGCCGCCGUCGCCGCCCCGACGGAGCAGUGGCAGUUUCCGGCGACCCCUCCCCUCGACGUCUACCCGAGCGAACCGGGUCGCGAUGAUUUCGGCGACCCUUUCACCCAUUUAGGCGAUCCGCUGCUCCACGGGUCCGAGACCCGGGUUGGGUCAGGGUUUUUUCACGGCGGUGGAAAUACAGUAGGGUUUGCUCCCGCCGCCGCCGCUGUUAUAACUAGUAAUGAUAUGAUGGGUCAAAGGGAUGUUAAUCUCGACGACGAGAUGAGGAGACCUAAUUAUUUCUCGAGGAUGCUUCAGAUCUCUCCGUCCGGCGAGACGCCGCCGUGUGGUUCCCCGCCGGCGGCGGCAGUGAACCGCAGGAAUUCGUUAAUCUCGCCGAGUAUUUCAAAAAAUUACCCGCCGGCCGGUCUUCAGAUCUCUUCUCCACGAAAUACGGGCAUCAGGAGAAGGAAGAGUCAGGUGAAAAAGGUGGUAUGCAUACCGGCGCCAACGCCUGCAAACAGCAGGCCCAGUGGGGAAAUUGUGCCAUCCGAUCUUUGGGCUUGGAGAAAGUACGGCCAGAAGCCCAUCAAAGGUUCCCCUUAUCCAAGGGGUUACUACAGAUGCAGUAGCUCAAAGGGAUGUUCGGCUCGAAAACAAGUGGAGCGGAGCCGAACCGACCCAAACAUGCUUGUAAUCACCUACACAUCGGAGCACAACCACCCGUGGCCCACCCAAAGGAACGCCCUCGCGGGCUCCACACGAUCUCAAUCGUCCAAGACCAACAACACCAACGUCGUUCCAAAAAGCCCGGACAAAUCUCAGGCCCCGCAAAAGCCCACGGAUCAAAAGGAAACCUUACCCGUGAAGGAAGAAAUGGGUCUGGAUCCGGUUCGGAUGGAAACCAAUGGCCUGGAUUUCGACACAGAGUUUCCAGGCCCGAGCCAGCUGGCGGAGGACAACUUUUUCGCGGAUUUGGGGGAAAUCGAGACGAAUUCUCUGGGAAUCUUCGGGUUUUCGGGUGGAGACGGGUCGGAUAACAAGGGUUUGGACCCGUUUAGUUUUUACGACUGGGCGGGGAGUAGUAAUGGAGAUAGCUCGUCUCACGGGGAGGCUAAUAAGAACGACUCGUAA